UGCCAGCAAUGUCCUGGUGGCUCUGGCCCGGACACACUUCAGCUUGGUGAUGGCUGAGCUCCAGAGCCACCUGAAGGCCACACGGGAGAUGUCUAAGGACUUUGUGCUCGUGACCCUGGGCAAACUCUUCAGCACCUAUGCUCCACAGUGCAUCUCCUUUGUGUGGCUGACGCUGGCUGGCCUGCGCAGUCUGGUGGGCCAGGUGAGGAGCGGCCAAACCCUGCGCAUCGCUUGUGCUGUUGUGAAGCAGUGGAUGGAGGGAGUCAAGAUUCACCGCCCCUGGCCUGCCACAGAGAAAGAACAAAUCUAUGAGAAUCUUCACCAGCUCUUCUUCUCUGUGGUGAGGAACUGGCAGGACUGCCAGGAGGAAGAGGACAAACAGGCCGUCCUCGGGGCUGUGGCUGCCAUGUUGGCUGUCCUCCUGCAAGAGGAGCUGCCCCGAGAGCAUGUCUGGGAGCAGCUCCUCUGGCUCGUGCACCCAUGUCAGGACGUGCAAGACACCUGCAGGAUGGCCAAGAGCCUUCGUAUGUUCCUUGAGGCCUUAGAGGAAGUUCAAUCUGUCAUCCCUAAGGACAAGUUUCUGGACGUCACCAGUGCUGUAUUCUACCAGCUAUAUGACGAUGCCAAGCAGCACAGCGAGGCUGACAGAGCAGAGCUGACCCACUGCAUCAUGCUGCAGGCCCAAAUCUGCCCAGAGGAAACAGUCCUGUUUCUCCAGGCGCAGCUGGGUGAUGAGUGGGAGGCUGGAUGCGUGGCAGCCCUGGGUCUGCUUGGUGCUCUGGCUCGCUCUGAUGAGCCCAUAAUGACAGAGAAGCUGCCCCAGGUUGUGGAGGUUGUACAGCAUUUGAGCAGCGACACCAGGCCCCAGGUGAGGAGGGCCACUCUGCAUUUCGUCAGUGACCUGCUCAGUGCUAACGCCUGGAACUGCUCAGCCUGGGAUGUGGUGGGGCACAUCUUCAGUGAGUUCAGCCGCACCACGAGAAGAAGGGCAGUCGGAAACCUUUCUGCCCAGGAAGCCCAAGAAGAAGGAGCACUCCAAGAGCUGUGCAUGGACAUCCUGGCGUCACUGGACGUCUCUCAGAGAGGGAUGUCCAAACUCCUGUGGCCACGGCUGCUGCUGUACGUGGUGCCAGCCCAGUACACCGGCAUGCUGAUCCCAAUCUCCCACCGCAUUCGAGCCCUGGCUGAGAGAGGGGACCUGACAGGGCAAGAGAUACAAGAUCUGGAUCCCCAUUUCCUCAGUUCCUUGUUUCAAGGCCCACUGCUGACUCCCCAGAUGCUGCUGGCACGCCUGUUGGUGGUGGCAGGGAGCCCUUUUGCAGGCAGCGAACUCCAAGCUGCUGCCUUGCUGCUGAUGCAAAACCUCCAUAGCAGAAUCCACAGAGCUGUGGGGGCCAUGUGGGCUGUUGAGAUCCCCCUGCUGCUGCAGUGCCUCAAAGGGAAAGAUGAGAGCUUCCCAGAUGCUGCAGAGUGGGAUCACCGUCUGCUAAAGUUCCUGAGGGCAUCACUGGACACCAUGGAGGAUGAGGCCUGGACCAAGGCCCUGAGCUGUGAGCUGAGCCGGAGGCUGAGCAGCUCCCCCAGCAGCUCUGGAGAAAAGUCUUUCUUGUACAAGGCUCUGGGGACCGUUCUGGGAGCUUGUAAGGAAGUCCUCCAUGUCCAAGAGAAGCUGCUGCAGCACCUGGAGGAAGCAAAUGCAGAGGAAACAUCUGAGGCCCAGGGGAUGAUCUCUCUUCUUAGCCAUGCUGCUGAGAGUAACUUCCACACAGUCCUGGACACACUCACUAUGUUUGCGUCCAGGCUGUGCAAAGGCUGUAAUGGGAGGAUUUCCAGGCUCAAGAAGGUGGAGCUGGACAGCAAGAGAGCUCAGGCGACACGCAGUGCUCUCAUCCUCGCCCAUGGCAGCUUGGCACUGCAAGCCUCCAAGGAACAGCUGCUUGCCCGCCUGGAGGGGGACAUCGUGGGCAACAUCCUGCUGCUGUACAGCUGCAGCUGCCAGGACUUGCAGAGCAAGCUUGCGCUGGUGCAGAGCAUCACUGACUUCAGCUCUGCUUUCCAUGCUGUGGGUGGCUCUGCCUGCUUUAACACCUCUUUGAAGAGCAAGCUGCUGGAGAUUCUGAUGGACUUGCUGAAGAAGUAUUACUUGGGCACCCCUGUAUCCCCAGUGCCCCUGAAGGUGGUUCUGGCCCUGGAGCAGUUGAGCAAGCUGAAGCCCUCUUUAGGAAGCAAGGAUGUACGUGAAAUGUUGACUCUUUGCUUCAAGAACAUUGUGUCACACCCUUCAGCGGAGAUGAUGCUGAAGAUCAGGGAGUCACAUCAAGCAGCACGGUACCUGCAGCUUCUGCAA